UAUCCAUUCCUUUAUUAUAGGGUAUAUCUUAAUGUGUGUUUCUCUUAUGCAUCAAGAUAUGAGAUUACUGAUGCUAUACAGUCACUGGUUGAUGGAUCUCAUGAUGGUACUGUACUACCAACAGAUAUCAGUGAAGAGUUAAUGGAGAGAUGUCUUUAUACUGGUACAUGUACACCACCUGAUCUUGUCAUUAGAACAUGAGGAGAAGUGAGAUUAAGUGACUUCCUUAUAUGGCAGAGCUCUUAUUCUUGUCUCUGUUUUCAAGAUGUUUUGUGGCCGGAGUUUUCUGUUUGGAAUUUAUUCUCUUUGAUAUUAACAUACCAACAGAAUUACAAUAAUAUAAAG